CACUAUUUCGGCGGCGACUGUUGCGACCUGGAUGGUUAGCACUUUCCCGUCCAUUAAGGUCGGCCUCAUGGUUGGCAUCGGCGGCGGUAUUCCACCCAUGGUCAGACUCGGCGACGUCGUGGUCAGCGCACCGGUCGACCAGUAUCCUGGCGUGGUCCAGUGGGAUAUUGGCAAGGCGGAAAAGGAUGGCAACUUCAAACGAACCGGUGCGCUAAAUAAUCCUCCAAACGCACUGCUGACAGCAUUGACGAAACUGGAGACUAAGCAUGAUAUUUGUGGAUCUAAGAUACCUCAAUAUCUGGAUGAUUUAGGAAAGAACUGGCCGAACCUAGUGCCAAAGUACACACGGUCUGAUUCCCUUCAGGACCCUUUUUUUACACUAGACGGUUCCCAACGCGCUCAGGGCAAAUGGCAGGCUAUAUUCUCACUGCUCUGGGUGAAAAUGCUGUUUCUUCUCGGGUACUUCCUAGGCCAGUGGGUGUUGGUUCCUUUGGAUAGCGGGGCUGAUCAAGCGACAAGUCGCGUUGCGAAUGUCAAGAUUGAUAGAACUCAGAGGAAAUCUAGAGACAUGCGCGUGCACUACGGUCUAAUUGCAUCAGGCAACCAAGUGAUCAAAGACCAUGAGUUUCGGGAUAACCUCAAUAGGAGCCUGGGUGGGCAUGUCUUAUGCGUUGAAAUGGAGGCGGCAGGACUCAUGAAUGACUUCCCGUGCAUCGUUAUCCGAGGCAUCUGCGAUUAUGCCGACUCACAGAAGAACAAAGAUUGGCAGGAACAUGCUGCUGCUGUGGCUGCGGCAUAUGCGAAGGAACUUCUAGAACAUGUCCAGCCAAGUGACAUCGAUAGAGAGCGUCCAGUGAAGGAUAUAUUGGACCAGGGUUAGUCAU